UGAGUAUAUUGUCUGACCCGCCCCUUUCCCUCUUGCGACUGCCGAGUUCCGGUGUAUACACUUCCUCCGCAUGAAGCUGGGACGGGAAUUUUGAGCUGUUGGUAAGACAGUCUCUCCCCCCGAUGCGUUUUUGUGUUCGAUGCAUUUGUCUUUCUAGGAUCUCGGGAGGCCUCGUUUUUGUUGCGGCCCGUUGGCCAAGGUUGCAAAGCACAAAGUCAGCCAACCUGCUAUUGGAACAUUUCGAUUGGGUAAUGUUAUUACUGGGAACAAUGGGCUACGUAUUCCUCUUAAGAAUUUGGGGAGGCCUCGUUUUUGCUGCAGCCCAUUGGCCAAGUGGGCGCAAAGCACAAGGCUGGGCCGACCUGCUAUUGGGACAAGGUCUUCGGUGUGUCUGUCCUUGCUUCUCCCGGCAUGCAUCUCGCCCACACCUGCCUGCUCUGCGCAUAGCGGUCAAGUCAGCCGCUCAGCUACAUUGAAUGGGCGGCCUCGUUUCUCGCUCGUGUAUUUAGGAGCGUCGGAUCCCACCCGCACACUUGAUCUUGAAGACCACGAGUCAUUCCUUGGCGGCCUUUGGGCGACGCCCAUUUCUUAGAGCCUAAGCUCGUCGAAUUACAUACGCAUACUUCUCUGAAGGGACA